GAUCAGUCUUGCAACUUGCACAAUCUACCAGCAGAGGUUAUGCAGCUCCUGAACACGAUCAUGGCAGAAUCGUGGGGCCUCAUCAUCAUCUGCCUUUUUGGAUAUCUACUCAAUGCUGAAUGUGCAGUUUUUCUUGAUCAUGAAAAUGCCACGAAAAUUCUGAAUCGGCUGAAGAGGUAUAAUUCAGGGAAAUUAGAAGAGUUUGCUCAAGGAAACCUUGAGAGAGAAUGUUUAGAAGAACGGUGUAAUUUUGAAGAAGCACGAGAAGUUUUUGAAAAUACUGAAAAAACUACUGAAUUUUGGAAGCAGUAUGUUGAUGGAGAUCAGUGUGAGUCCAAUCCAUGUCUAAAUGGUGGCAGCUGUAAGGAUGACAUUAAUGCCUAUGAAUGUUGGUGUCGACUUGGAUUUGAAGGGCAGAAUUGUGAAUUAGAUGCAACUUGCAGCAUUAAGAAUGGCAGGUGCAAGCAGUUUUGUAAAAGGGAUGCUACAAACAAGGUGGUUUGUUCCUGUACUGAUGGAUACCGACUUGCAGAAGACCAAAAAUCUUGUGAACCAGCAGUGCCAUUUCCAUGUGGAAGAGUUUCUGUUCAAUACAAGUCUAAGAAGCUCACCCGUUCUGAGACUAUUUUUUCUUACAUGAACUCUGAUAAUUUUACUAAGGCUGAAACCAUUUGGGAUAACAUCGCUGAGGCUGAAACCAUUUGGGAUAACAUCACUAAGGCUGAAACCAUUUGGGAUAACAUCACUGAAAGCUACAAGAUAUCUGAGGACCUCACUCGGGUUGUUGGUGGAGAAAAUGCCAAACCAGGUCAAUUCCCUUGGCAGGUUCUUUUGAAGAGUGACACUGAAGCAUUCUGUGGAGGUUCCAUCAUUAAUGAAAAGUGGGUCGUAACUGCUGCACACUGUAUUCACCCUGGUAUUAAAAUUGAGGUAGUGGCAGGUGAAUAUAACAUUGAAAAGAAGGAAGAUACAGAGCAAAGGCGAAAUGUCAUUCAAAUUAUUCCUCACCAUAGUUAUAAUGCAAGCUUUAAUAAAUACAGCCACGACAUCGCCCUUCUUGAGCUGGAUAAGCCCUUAACAUUGAACAGCUAUGUAACACCUAUUUGUAUUGCCAGCAGGGAAUAUACAAACAUCUUCCUCAAGUUGGGAUCUGGUUAUGUGAGUGGUUGGGGAAGAGUAUUCAAUAGAGGCAGAUCAGCUUCAAUUCUUCAGUACCUUAGAGUUCCACUUGUUGACCGAGCCACAUGUCUCCGAUCCACAAAAUUCUCCAUCUAUAAUAACAUGUUCUGUGCUGGCUACCAUGAUGGAGGUAAAGAUUCAUGUCAAGGAGACAGUGGGGGUCCCCAUGUUACUGAAGUGGAAGGGACCAGUUUUCUAACUGGAAUUAUUAGUUGGGGUGAAGAGUGUGCAAUGAAAGGGAAGUAUGGAAUAUAUACCAAGGUAUCUCGGUAUGUCAACUGGAUUAAGGAAAAAACAAAGCUCACUUAAAUGAAAAAAUGUAUUUCUACUGUUAAUUCACUGGUAUUGAAAAUUAAUUAGGCCCUUUACUAAUUAAUCACUAUUCCAUAUCUUGUUAGGCUAGAAUAUACACAUUGAAUAAAUAUUGGUUUUUCUCUUUACAAGGGAGAAUUCCACCUAGAAUUUAUAUUUUACUAUGGUUAAUGGAUUAGAGAAUAUAAUCACCAGGAGAAUAUAAUGUGGCAAAAGAAAUCAUGACCAAUUCUAUGGGCUCCACCCUUAACAAAAUUGUGAAGUUAAGUUCUCCACCCUGCCCAUCACCACAGUAUCACCUCUCCACCACAGUAACUCACCUGAUUCUGCCUCUUUAGCAUCAUUCCAUGUUCAAAUUCUUGUCUCUCUCACCAAAAUUUCAGCACUUACUAAGCAUACAUCCAGGACCUUUGGCCCAGCCUGACACAAGGCCAACAUAAUGCUACACUCGUAACAGAAGGACACAGGAGCAUUUGACAGGCUAAAGCUCUGCAGUACUCCCCAGUCCUUUAUCUUUUCCAACUACCAAUCUGCAAGUCAGUCCCCCAUUCUCACUCCUUCUCUGCCUUUCUUAGUUCACAGUCAUUAAAGGAGGGAAAGGAAAUACUCCUAUUUCACUUCUGUAUGCAGGUAUACAUGUCCUUCAAACUCAGGCAGGAUUUCACUUCAGUCUCAGACUUAGGUUUUAAAACAUAGAGGUUGAACUAAGGUGCUUGAACAACAUAAGGAGGGACACAUUCUUUUCAGAGUUAUU